UUAUAUUUAUACUAAAGCCCUUUCUUCCUUCCUAAUUCUGUAUUCCGGUCGUAUGAGUGUUAUUGUUACCACCUCUUUUUCUCAGGACGCUAUCUUUUACGCUGGCGAAACAGUGUCCUGUACAAUAUCAUUCACACAUUCCGUCAGAGAAACUACAAAGACAAAUCACCAAAGAGCACAAUCGCUUCCUUCCUUCGAUUUAAACAGGACACAACCUAAUGCCGUUCCUAAUCGGCUGCCUACGUUAGAGGUUGAGAGUAUGCCUAUGACUAGUUCGUCCUCGCGUAAAAUGUCUCUGUCUUCACUCGCCUCGUCCACAUUUUCGUAUUUAACUGGGUCUACGAAAGAUCCCGAAUCCAUAGCUGAUACAAGAGAAUGGAAGGAUUUAACAGAAUCCGUACUUGAUAAUUUACCUUCAGAUACGACUAUUGAAUUAGAACAUGAGGAAACACCAAGAUCAAGUAUAGAUACAAGAUACACAACAAGUAGAAGGAGCUCAAUAGAUUCUACCAUAUCCAGUGUUCCGCGUCAUCCACGUCUACAUCGAUUAUCCUCUACCCGAGCAAAAUCGUUUACUGCCUAUCGCAACGAACACUUGUUAUGGGGAUCGGCACAAGUGAUUGGACAAUUUGUUUCGGAUCCAACACUAGUAGAUACUAAUGCGUUUACACCAUUAAAAUCAAAAGCCAUGUACCACCCUUUCGGUGCAUCAUCUGGAGGGGGUACAUUAACAACAUCAUCGUUAAAGAAAGAGGCACGAACAACGCCAGUGUUCUCUACACCACCGAGUAUUUUAUUCGUAGAUCUAAAUUUAUCGCCUGGGGAAACCGUCAAAUAUUCGUACCAACUUAAGCUACCAAAAAAUUUACCGCCUACAUACAGAGGGAAAGCCAUGAGAUUUAAUUACUAUCUUGUGAUCGGCUCACAAAGGUCUUCUUGCUUAAAAACGGUUGGUGCACAGGGUCAAGUGGUACAAAUUCCUUUCCGUGUAUUCAAUCACGUAUCAGAGGACGGAAAUAGGCCGAUUUAUGACUUGAUGAGUCCCGAGAUUUAUUACACAGACCAGGCAAUUGUAACAAAAAUUGACCUAAAAGCUCCGUCCCGCUUUGGUAAUAAUGCUACGAAAAAUAAGCUCGACGGCUCCAUACCGAACCAAAUGGAUGCUCGCCAGGGGUUUAUGAAUUAUAUUGAUGGGUUGAUUGAAAAGACAGCAUCUCAUAAACCAGUUUAUAAAAUCAUGCAACGGGAAAAUGAUUUAUAUGAACAAGAAACCAGGGAAGAUAAAACAUCAUGCCGUCAAACUAUUUCCCGGAUUACAAACAUCAAUACAAAAGCAACGUUUGAUAUCUGUAAGAAUAACCAACGUGUGGCCCAGCUUCAUCUUUUAAAAACGCUCUAUCGACUGGGAGAACCAGUACAUGGCAUUAUCGAUUUCGAGGGUGCUGUUCUACCAACAUUUCAGAUGUCUGUUUUAUUAGAGAGUCAUGAGAUUGUCGACACAAGUAUAGCCCAACGACCAGCGAAUUACAUCACGAAAGUCUCGCGAAAGCGACACGCAGGUCAUUACGCUUUUUGUAGAAACGAUACGCGCACAACCUUUUCGCUGGCAGUGCCAGCUUCAGAAUCGCCCGAAUUUCAAACGACUGGAAUGAAAUUGCAGUAUUACCUUAAAGUGGAAUUUAUUGUUACUGAGCAGGCUUCAUUUGGACUUGUGCAAGAUAGAAAUCAUAACCAAAGUGAAAGUCAUGAUCAAAUCCAAGCAAGUAAUUUUGAUUGUCAAAUACCAAUUCAUAUAUUCGGUUCAUCUAGCACCAUGUUUGGCGGUCCGCAUAUUUUCACAGUACAAUAAAAAAACCUAAAAAACUUGUUUAGGGUUGAUUGGUUGUAUGGUGUGACGGGAAGUAUGUAAUGCGUGAGGUCUUUUUUUAAUCUUUUGCCCCACCCGCUCCAGUUGACUGCUAAUUUCACGUGCGGUAGUAAAUUAUAUGUUCCUGAAAGAAAUAAACCAGUUCUUUUUUCUUCCUUA